CCUAUUCCCUGAUCGUACUUUUCAUAUCUUUUUCUAAUCCCUCGAUCCUAUCUUCAAUUACCAUUCCUGUUCUUCAUGGUCGCUGCGCUUCAUACGCGACCUAAGGCGUUGUCAGCUCGGCGUCACGCCGCCUGUCGGUGGUUCGUGGGGAAAUCUCGAGUAGAUUGAUGUCCCAGCAACCGGGUAGGACCGAUAGACCGGAUCAGGCGAGCCGGAAAGGGAGAGGCGGCGGGACGAGCGGUCCUCGCCAGCAGGGGGGUCCGUCCGGAGGAAAGGGGCCCAGCCCCGUAGGUAGCGGUCAGAGCUCAGCUGCCGGCUCAGCUGCCGGUCCGACAGCCGGACGCGGUCAACCGCAAGGAGUCGGACGAGGGUAUGUGAUCCGAUGUUUAGCGCAGUGUAGUGUAGCUUAGCUCUAGGCUGAUCGUAGGUAGUGGCACAUCGUGAGCAGUGCCUUAAUCGUAAAUAGUAGCUUAUUGCAGAUAGUAGCAGAUCAUAGGUAGUAGGGUAUCGUAAAGCGUAGCCGAUUGUAGAUAGUAGGUUAUUGCAGGUUAUCACGGCUUAGCUAGCAGCUGCUUGUUCGUGGAGCUUUCCGGUCGAACCCCGAAUGGCCCCGCUACAGUCACACCUAGCGCCGGCGGAGGCGGCAUCGGUCGGGGAAGCGGGCAGGGGGUGGCGGGAGUGGCAGCGCAGUGGGACAGGCGGAGCAGCAGUUCGGCCUGGGGCUCCGGGCGGAGCUGGGGGGGGUGUAGGCGCGCCUGCGCCAGUAGCAGGGGCAGCGGGCGCACCUGGCGCAGGCCCCCCCGCUGCGCCUGCGCCGAGAAUAUCGUUUGCGGCUGCAGCUUCUGGGGGGAUGUCAUACGCGCAAAGAGCCGCACAGGCGUUGAAUCGCGCGGCUGCACCACCUUCCCAGGCGCAACAGGCGCAGGCGCAGGCGCAGGCGCAACAGGCGCGGGUGGGCGGAAGCGGGGCGCAGCAAGCGGCAGGUCAAGCAGGGAAGCCGCGCCACAGGGGAGGCGGACGGUAGAAGCACCGCCCCUGCAACAACCAUUGUGUCGACUGCAAUCCCUACAGUUACAACAACUGCCGCCAAGCUUGCAGCUCCUCCCGCCACAACUGCGUCAGCUCCUGCUGCUGCGGCUGCGGCGGCGGCGGCCGUUGCAGCAGCAACUGCUGCUGUGUCUGCGCCGGCGUUUCUGCCCCUUCUCAGUCCUUCGCAGCGGCGGCUGCUGCUGGUGCCGCGGCUGCUUCCUCCAAGGUACCUACUACAGCUCGGCAGCAGCACCGGCUGGGUCCCUUACAGGGUUCUUGUCAGCUGCACGCGCGGGGCUAGGGGAGGGCGCAGGCACAGGCGCAGCUGGUG